AUGGGAGAGCAGCAGCAUGGGAGAGCAGCAGUAUGGGAGAGCAGCAGUAUGGGAGAGCAGCAGCAUGGGAGAGCAGCAGUAUGGGAGAGCAGCAGCAUGGGAGAGAAGCAGCAUGGGAGAGCAGCAGCAUGGGAGAGAAGCAGCAUGGGAGAGCAGCAGCAUGGGAGAGCAGCAGCAUGGGAGAGCAGCAGCAUGGGAGAGAAGCAGCAUGGGAGAGAAGCAGCAUGGGAGAGCAGCAGCAUGGGAGAGCAGCAGCAUGGGAGAGUAGCAGCAUGGGAGAGCAGCAGCAUGGGAGAGCAGCAGCAUGGGAGAGAAGCAGCAUGGGAGAGCAGCAGCAUGGGAGAGAAGCAGCAUGGGAGAGCAGCAGCAUGGGAGAGCAGCAGCAUGGGAGAGCAGCAGCAUGGGAGAGAAGCAGCAUGGGAGAGCAGCAGCAUGGGAGAGCAGCAGCAUGGGAGAGAAGCAGCAUGGGAGAGCAGCAGCAUGGGAGAGCAGCAGCAUGGGAGAGCAGCAGCAUGGGAGAGCAGCAGCAUGGGAGAGAAGCAGCAUGGGAGAGCAGCAGCAUGGGAGAGCAGCAGCAUGGGAGAGCAGCAGUAUGGGAGAGCAGCAGCAUGGGAGAGAAGCAGCAUGGGAGAGCAGCAGCAUGGGAGAGAAGCAGCAUGGGAGAGCAGCAGCAUGGGAGAGCAGCAGCAUGGGAGAGCAGCAGCAUGGGAGAGUAGCAGCAUGGGAGAGCAGCAGCAUGGGAGAGCAGCAGCAUGGGAGAGCAGCAGCAUGGGAGAGCAGCAGCAUGGGAGAGCAGCAGCAUGGGAGAGCAGCAGCAUGGGAGAGAAGCAGCAUGGGAGAGCAGCAGCAUGGGAGAGAAGCAGCAUGGGAGAGCAGCAGCAUGGGAGAGAAGCAGCAUGGGAGAGUAGCAGCAUGGGAGAGCAGCAGCAUGGGAGAGCAGCAGCAUGGGAGAGCAGCAGCAUGGGAGAGCAGCAGCAUGGGAGAGCAGCAGCAUGGGAGAGCAGCAGCAUGGGAGAGCAGCAGUAUGGGAGAGUAGCAGCAUGGGAGAGCAGCAGCAUGGGAGAGCAGCAGCAUGGGAGAGAAGCAGCAUGGGAGAGCAGCAGCAUGGGAGAGAAGCAGCAUGGGAGAGUAGCAGCAUGGGAGAGUAGCAGCAUGGGAGAGCAGCAGCAUGGGAGAGAAGCAGCAUGGGAGAGCAGCAGCAUGGGAGAGAAGCAGCAUGGGAGAGCAGCAGCAUGGGAGAGAAGCAGCAUGGGAGAGCAGCAGCAUGGGAGAGCAGCAGCAUGGGAGACAUGGGAGAGCAGCAGCAUGGGAGAGCAGCAGCAUGGGAGAGUAGCAGCAUGGGAGAGCAGCAGCAUGGGAGAGCAGCAGCAUGGGAGAGAAGCAGCAUGGGAGAGCAGCAGCAUGGGAGAGAAGCAGCAUGGGAGAGCAGCAGCAUGGGAGAGCAGCAGCAUGGGAGAGAAGCAGCAUGGGAGAGAAGCAGCAUGGGAGAGCAGCAGCAUGGGAGAGAAGCAGCAUGGGAGAGAAGCAGCAUGGGAGAGCAGCAGCAUGGGAGAGAAGCAGCAUGGGAGAGCAGCAGCAUGGGAGAGCAGCAGCAUGGGAGAGCAGCAGCAUGGGAGAGCAGCAGCAUGGGAGAGAAGCAGCAUGGGAGAGCAGCAGCAUGGGAGAGCAGCAGCAUGGGAGAGCAGCAGUAUGGGAGAGCAGCAGCAUGGGAGAGAAGCAGCAUGGGAGAGCAGCAGCAUGGGAGAGAAGCAGCAUGGGAGAGCAGCAGCAUGGGAGAGCAGCAGCAUGGGAGAGCAGCAGCAUGGGAGAGAAGCAGCAUGGGAGAGAAGCAGCAUGGGAGAGCAGCAGCAUGGGAGAGCAGCAGCAUGGGAGAGCAGCAGCAUGGGAGAGAAGCAGCAUGGGAGAGAAGCAGCAUGGGAGAGCAGCAGCAUGGGAGAGAAGCAGCAUGGGAGAGCAGCAGCAUGGGAGAGUAGCAGCAUGGGAGAGCAGCAGCAUGGGAGAGCAGCAGCAUGGGAGAGCAGCAGCAUGGGAGAGCAGCAGCAUGGGAGAGCAGCAGCAUGGGAGAGCAGCAGCAUGGGAGAGCAGCAGCAUGGGAGAGUAGCAGCAUGGGAGAGCAGCAGCAUGGGAGAGCAGCAGCAUGGGAGAGAAGCAGCAUGGGAGAGCAGCAGCAUGGGAGAGAAGCAGCAUGGGAGAGUAGCAGCAUGGGAGAGUAGCAGCAUGGGAGAGCAGCAGCAUGGGAGAGAAGCAGCAUGGGAGAGCAGCAGCAUGGGAGAGAAGCAGCAUGGGAGAGCAGCAGCAUGGGAGAGAAGCAGCAUGGGAGAGCAGCAGCAUGGGAGAGUAGCAGCAUGGGAGAGCAGCAGCAUGGGAGAGCAGCAGCAUGGGAGAGAAGCAGCAUGGGAGAGCAGCAGCAUGGGAGAGAAGCAGCAUGGGAGAGCAGCAGCAUGGGAGAGAAGCAGCAUGGGAGAGCAGCAGCAUGGGAGAGAAGCAGCAUGGGAGAGCAGCAGCAUGGGAGAGUAG